AUUCAGUUUGCAUUCCAGUGCGCCCUAAAUGUGCUCACAAUCGCCUGUCCCUGUGCUCUAGGGUUGGCCACACCUACGGCCGUAAUGGUUGGCACCGGAAUCGGUGCUUUGAAUGGUAUUCUCAUCAAAGGCGCGGAACCGCUAGAAAACGCCCACAAAUUGAAUGCCAUUAUCUUCGAUAAGACGGGAACCAUAACUCACGGCAAACCUGUCGUCACAAAAGUGAUAGUUUUCCACAAAUUCCAAGACAUGCGAUCACUUCAGCGUAUGUUUGCGGCCAUUGGUAUCGCGGAGGCUAACAGUCAGCACCCGAUAGGGACAGCCGUUUGCAAACUGGUCGACAGUUUACUGCAUUUGAAUGGAAACAGUUUCGGCAAUUGCGAGGACUUUGUGGCCGAACCGGGAUUUGGCAUCAAAUGCGCGAUCGAUAGGCGAGUGGUGGACGACAUCAUUAGUGACGAGAAUUUCGUAUUGAAUCCACAGAAUCGCCAAAACAAAGACUUCGAGGAAUUUGAUACAAAAGUCGUGUAUUUAAAUGAAUCGCAAACAGAUCUGAAACUGUCGGACGAGACGUUCAAUGUAUUGAUUGGUAACCGGAAAUGGAUUCUCAAACACGACAUCGAAGUGGACGAAGAGGUGGACCGCGAGAUGACUGCACUCGAAGAGGACGGGCAGACA